AUUAUUUUUAUCUUUUUUAACACACCCCGUUUCAAUGUAAAUUUCUAUUUAUGUUUAGAUUUAUUUAUUACUACCAUUAAUAUAAAUAUUUUAUAUGUUAAAAAUAUAAAUAAAGAAAUAAUAAUAUAGAAACUUGCUUUUUUUUUUUUUUUUUUUUCUUUUUUGUUUAUUUAUUUUUUUAAUUAAUAAAAUUAAUCAAGAUUGAUUAAAAUAUUAUAAUUAUUAUUAUUAUUAUAUUUUUAUUACCAUUUUAUUUUUAUUAUUAAAAGUUUAUAUUUAUAUAAUAUUUAUAUUAAUUGUUUUUUUUUAUUUUAUUUUUUUAAUUUCUUCUGAUUUAUAAAACUAAUAAACUAAAUCAAUAGAUUUAUUAUUAAUUAUAAUCAGUUAAUCAUUUUAUCAAACAUUUAUUUAUCACACUUAUUACAUUUAAAAUUAUUUAUCUUUCAUACAGAUAAAUAAUAUUGUAAUAUAGUAUCAAUAAUAAUAGUAAUAUUAGAAUUAUAAAUAAAAAAAUAAAUAAAUAAUAAAUAACAAUAAUAUAAAAAAAUGGAUAGUUAUCAAUCAUUUGGGUUAUGCGAAAAUGCCUUAGAAUUUCAAGUCGAAGUAGAGUUACCAGAUCGUACAUUUAAACAAUAUCAAUUUCAUUCUAGAAAUACAGUCGAUAAAAUUAAAACUAUAAUUUUACAAGAUCACCCAAAUUUAAAGAAAAAUCUACCAAACUCAAGUGAUUAUAUUUUAACAGUCGACAAUGAAAAAAUCGAAAUUGAUUUUCAAAGAUUUAUAGUUUCACAUCCAAGAAUUACAGAGAUAUUAGAACAAGAACCAAUGGUUAAAAUUAAAUUGGUACCCAAAGGUUUAGCUAUUAAUCAUACAUGUAGUCCACCAAAUUCACCAAAUUCACCAAUUAUUAAUAGACAAGAGCAAUUAAAUUUAAAUGUAAAGGUUGCAGACUUAAAAUUAUCGUUAGAAAAGUCACCAAUGGUUUCAAGACUAGCAAAUGGUGGUAGACCAAAGAGUGCAGACCCAAUAAAGAGUAAGAAAGAGGAUAGUAAAUUUUUAUUACCAGAAAUUACAAAGAAUCGAUCAUCAUCGUCUUCAACUUUUUCAUCACAGGUCCCAACUAUUAAUACUACAACAACCACAACCACUACUACAACAACCACUACUAGCACAUCCACAUCACCUAAAAUUGAUAGAUCAGCUUCAGUUGCAGAUAUGAAUUUAAAUAAAUCAUCAGACAGUGUCAGUUCAACAAGUUCAACAGGAAGCAAUAAAGAGGUUGGUGGUUUCUUUACAUUUGGUUCACCAAAAAUUAAAUCAUUUUUCAUAAAUACAUUUGAUCAAAAGAGAAGAUCGUUAACCAAUAAAAAUAAAUCAAGUGAUGAUCUUUCAUAUUCAUCUAUCCACAUAGGCGCCACAUUAAGACCAAAGAGUGCUCAAGAGUAUAUAGCUGCACAACAGCAAUUAAAUAACAAUAAAGAAGAUGCAUCCGGUGUAAUUGGUAGUAGUGGUAGUAUUGGCGGUAAUGGUUCGCCAACUAAUAAAAAUGGAGGUCUUAAUGGAAGCAGUAGCAGCAACAGCAGCAGUAGAUCAAGUGCAGAGUUUGAAACAUCAUAUAUAAAGGACUAUAGUUUAAUUCAACCAUCAAAGGGUUUCAUAGUGGAAUCACAAAGACCAAAUUUAACAUUACCUUUAAUUAUUAGCAGCGGUCAAUUAGAGUUAAAUACAUUAAUCACCAACGAAUCAUGGUAUUGUAAAUAUUUUUAUGGAAUUGACCAUUGGAAUUAUAUUGGAGAAGACUCGAAGAACGGUUUAUUUAUAGUAUCAAUUUUAAAAGAAAACAAUAGCGAUUGUAGUAGUACCAACAGCACACCCAAUAGCUCUACAAAGAAUUUAUUAGCAGACGAAGCUAACCCCACCGCCAAUACAAGCCCAGGAAAAUCACAAGAAAAAAAACAUAAUUUUAAAGUUUUAUUGCGUACUAAAAACAGUGAUAUCUUUACCACAGCCAGAAUAAAAGGUGUGGUAUCUUUUUUAGGUAAUGUCAGUUCAAAACCACCAGUUAAAGAAAUCGUUCAAUCCAUUAUACCAGAGAUGUCAUUCAAGUUUUUAAAAUCUGUAAAAAAUAACGACAUUCAAAAAGAUUUGAAUUCAUUCGAAGAAAGACAGCGUGUAAAAAGUUUUAAAUUUGGUGUUUUAUAUUGUGCUCCAAACCAACAAGAAGAGGAAGAUAUGUUUUCUAAUCGUAGUGGCUCUCCAGGUUUUAAUCAGUUUUUAGAUUUCUUGGGUCAACGUAUAAAAUUAAAUGGUUGGAAAGAUUAUAGAGGUGGUUUAGAUGUAAAAAGCGAUACUACUGGUACUGAAUCGAUCUAUGAAAAAUAUCAAGGUUUCGAAAUUAUGUUUCAUGUUGCAACAAUGUUACCUUAUAGCGAACUUGAUAAACAACAAGUUGAUAAAAAAAGACAUUUAGGUAAUGAUAUUGUAGUUAUAGUUUAUAAAGAAGGUGAUCAGUUAUUUGAUCCAAAAGUUAUAAAAUCAGAUUUUAAUCAUGUAUUUAUAGUUGUUUCACCAGUUGAUAAAGUUAAUAAUAAAAAAUACAAACUAUCAAUUGUUUAUAAAGAUGGUGUUGAACCCUCAACUCCUUAUCUUCCAAAUCCCUCAAUUUGGGAACAAUCAAAUGAUUUCAAAGAGUUUUUACUUUCUAAAUUAAUUAAUUCAGAAUGUGCCUCCUAUCAAGCCCCAAGUUUCAAAAUUAAAAUUCAAAGAACUCGUUGUGCAUUAUUACAAGAUAUGAACACCACCUAUUUAAAUAAUUCUGAAUAAAAAUAGAAAUAAUAAAACAAAAUUUAUAAAAAAUAAUAGAUAAUAAUAAUAAUAAUAAUAAUAAUAAUAAUAAUAAUAAUAAUAAUAAUAAUAAUAAUAAUAAUAAUAAUAAUAAUAGUAAUUAUAAUUAAAAUAACAAUAGAAAGUGAUAUUAAUAAAUGAUAAUAAUAUAAAUUCAUUUCAUUAUUAUUAUAGGUAUUAUAACAAUAAAUUUAAUAAUUUAAUGUUAUAAAUACCAUCGAACAAUGAAUGAAUAUAUUUUUUUUUAUAU